CCUGAGCAGAGCCCUGAGCUAGCAGUUGGCAAUUUCAAUUUGUUUGAAGUAAAAUUCAUUUUAAACAUGGCAAUGUUGCCUGUAUCUGUGUAUCAAAAUUGACGCACUCAUGUGCAUUUUGUAUUUAACUCAUUUCAUUGCAAAAUUUAUUAAGUAUUCCGAAAUUAAACGUCUUUUCGAUGGCUCGUGACGGACACAAGCAUAAUAAACGAUCCAGAAGCCGAAGCAGAUCCAGUAGUCCUCGUUCUAAAAAACUUCGAGAACGAGAUAGAGAUGGGGAACACAGGCAAAGAGACAGGGAACGUGAAAGAGAUAGAGAUCGGGACAGGGAGCGUGACAAGAGAAGAAGCAGAUCAAAAGAUAGAGAUCAUGAUAAAUCUAAAAGAUCAACAACAACUUCAGAACGAAGAAUUUCAAAAUCCCCUGAUAGAAAACCAACUUUAGUCGAAGAAAUUAAACCUGUUUUGAAAUCUGAAUCAGAGCUAAAGGAGGAAGCAGCUGUUGCAGCCAUGAUUGCCAAAGAAGAGGAGCAGAAAACUUUGGACUUGGAAAUGCAGAAACGCCGAGAACGAAUAGAAAAAUGGCGUUUAGAACGAAAGAUGCAGGAAAUUGCUCAAGUUAAAUCUGAUCUAGCCAAUCAAAGAGCUGGGAAAAAAUGGUCACUUGAAGAUGAUGAAGAAGAGGAAGAGGAAGAUGGAAAAUUGAAAACUGAAUCUGCUAAAGUUGAAGCAAUUGAAACGAUCAACGAAGAAAUUGAAGUUCAAGAAGCAGAGGAAGAAGUUGACCCUUUAGAUGCUUUUAUGCAGGACAUUCAAAGUGAAGUUCGAAAGGUUCAGAAACUUGACGUUCAAAAAUCAAAAGGAUCUGGCGUGAUGGUAAUGACCGGAGUAGCAAAGAAAGCUGCUAAAAAGAAAGGUGAGCUUGUGGAACAAAAUCAGGACGCUUUGGAAUAUUCCUCAGAAGAAGAGUCAGAAGACUUGGCAUCAGCAAUGUCCGGACUGGCGAAUAGCAACAUAAAACAGAAAGAAAAAGUUUUUAAAAUUGAUCACAACAAAAUCAACUAUUUUCCUUUCCGGAAGAACUUUUACGUGGAAGUACCCGACAUAGCACGUAUGACCCAAGAAGAAGUAGAUGAAUACCGACAGGAACUUGAAGGCAUUAAAGUUAAAGGAAAAGGGUGUCCGAGACCUAUAAAAGCAUGGGCACAAUGUGGUGUUAGUAAAAAGGAAAUGGAAAUUCUAAAAAAAUUAGCAUAUGAAAAACCAACCCCCAUUCAAACGCAGACAAUCCCUGCAAUCAUGUCUGGCAGGGACAUAAUAGGUAUUGCCAAAACUGGCAGUGGCAAAACACUGGCAUUUUUGCUGCCUAUGUUUAGGCAUAUUUUAGACCAGCCUGCAUUAGAAGAGACUGAUGGGCCAAUCGCUAUCAUAAUGUCUCCUACCCGAGAAUUGUGCUUACAAAUCGGCAAAGAAUGUAAAAGAUUCACCAAGUCAUUGAAUUUGCGUGUGGUGACGGUCUACGGAGGAACGGGAAUAUCAGAGCAAAUAGCUGAACUAAAACGUGGCGCUGAAAUUAUUGUGUGCACACCCGGAAGAAUGAUUGAUAUGUUAGCUGCCAACAACGGACGUGUCACCAAUUUGCGGCGUGUGACUUACAUAGUUUUGGAUGAAGCUGAUCGCAUGUUCGACAUGGGUUUUGAGCCACAAGUAAUGCGAAUCAUUGAUAACACUCGCCCUGAUCGACAAACUGUUAUGUUUAGUGCUACAUUUCCCCGUCAAAUGGAGGCCUUGGCUCGUAGAAUCCUAAACAAACCUGUUGAAAUCACGGUUGGAGGUCGUAGCGUUGUUUGUGCUGACGUCGAACAGCAUGUUCUUGUUAUGGAAGACGAACAAAAAUUUUUGAAACUUUUAGAGUUAUUGGGGGUUUAUCAGGAACAAGGAAGUGUUCUUGUAUUUGUUGAGAAACAAGAAAGUGCUGAUGACCUGCUCAAAGAUUUGAUGAAAGCUGGAUACGAUUGCAUUUCCCUUCAUGGUGGUAUUGAUCAGUACGAUCGUGAUUCAGCUGUAGUUGACUUCAAAAAUGGAAAAAUCAAAUUGAUGAUUGCCACAUCUGUUGCCGCUCGUGGUUUAGAUGUGAAGCACCUUAUUUUGGUCGUCAACUACGAUUGCCCCAACCACCAUGAAGACUACAUUCAUAGAUGUGGACGCACCGGAAGAGCAGGCAAUAAAGGAUUUGCCUACACUUUUAUUACUCCAGAUCAGCAAAGGGCUGCAGGGGAUAUUAUUAAAGCAAUGGAACAAUCUGAAACGCCAGUGCCAGUUGAAUUACAAACUCUUUGGGACCAAUACAAAUCCAAGCUUGCUGCGGAAGGGAAAACUGUCCGCUCAGGAGGUGGUGGAUUUUCUGGUAAAGGGUUCAAAUUUGAUGAAUCUGAAGCUAUGGCUGUGUCAGAAAAGAAAAAAUUCCAGAAAGCCGCUUUGGGUCUGCAAGAUUCAGAUGAAGAAGAUAUAGAAAAUGAUUUGGAUGAACAAAUCGAAACUUUAAUGGCUGCAAAACGUAUUGUGCGUGAAGUUCAAGCUUCAACACUGGUGUCUGGGGGUGGCGGUUCUGUUGCCGCGAGCAUUCCAAGCAAAACGGCUACCGACAAGCUGGAAUUGGCCAAACGGUUAGCUUCAAGGAUUAAUCUUGCCAAGCAAUCGACUGGUCCCGUUCCAGCCAUUCCCGAAACAUCCAUAGGAGCAAUUUCGGCUAGAAAUGUUGCAGAGCAGUUGGCGGCAAAACUCAAUACACGACUCAAUUAUGCCCCUGUUGAAAGUGAAGAACCUAUGGAAGGAUCAGUAGAAGAAGGCGGAGAAAAUACUCCAUCUAGCUCGGACGUCAUUCAGAAGUUCGAGGAAGAGUUAGAAAUUAACGACUUCCCACAACCUGUUCGCUGGAAAAUCACGUCUAGGGAGGCUUUGGCCCAGGUAAGCGAAUUUUCAGAAGCUGGCGUUUUUGUCCGAGGAACAUAUUGCGCACCGGGAAAGAAGAUCGCUGACGAAGAGAGAAAAUUAUAUUUAGCCAUCGAGAGCACGAGUGAAAUGGCAGUUUCAAAAGCACGAAAAGAAAUUGUCCGUAUUCUAAAGGAAGAAAUGCUUCGAUUGGCCAGUUCUACCUCCUAUCAAGGUUCUAAAACUGGUAGAUACAAAGUUUGAAUCUUCUUGGUAGUACCGUACCGUCUUUUCCAUCGUCUCAGAAAAUGCAGUGAGUCAAUACAAGAUUUUACCAUGGUG